CCAAUUAACAAAAAAAUACAAAAACUACUAUACAUUCAUAUUAUAUAGUUUUGGGAAUAUACACUUAUGGCUAUUACAAUGGAUUAUAUUUUAGGUACAAAAUACAUCUUGGUAAUUUCAUGUAUCUUAUACAUUACAUUGUUAGGUUCAUCAAAUGCAGCUCCAACUACUACUUACAAUGUAAUUAAAUUUGGAGCAAAACCAGAUGGAAAAACUGAUUCAACAAUACAAUUUGUAAAUGCUUGGAAAUCAGCAUGUGCUAGUUUAAUUCCUGCAACAAUUUAUGUGCCAAAAGGGAGGUACUUGUUGAAAAACAUUAAUUUCAGAGGGCCAUGUAAGAGAAAGGUGACAUUCCUUAAUGGUGGAACUCUUGUGGCUCCUGAAGAUUACAGGGAAAUUGGAAAUUUAGGGUCUUGGAUUUUGUUUAAUCAUGUUGAUAAUCUUGUUGUUUCUGGUGGGAAAUUGGAUGGUAAAGGUGCUGGAUUUUGGAAUUGUAGGAGGUCUGGGAAGAAUUGUCCUAUUGGAGCUAGGACAAUGUCAUUUGACUGGGUGAAUAACCUUGUGGUUAGUGGCAUUACUUCAAUUAACAGCCAAUUAAGUCACCUAGUGAUUAACAAUUGCAACGAUGUUGUUGUGAAAAAUGUCAAACUUAUUGCACCAGACAAGAGCCCAAACACUGAUGGAAUUCAUGUUCAAUACUCAAAUAGGGUUACUAUCAAUGGAUGUAUAAUGCAAACAGGGGAUGACUGCAUAUCCAUUGGUGAUGCCACUUAUAAUCUCUUAAUGUCCAACAUAAAAUGUGGUCCUGGUCAUGGUGUAAGCAUUGGAAGUUUGGGACAAAAAGUGGAGGAAAAGGGGGUGGAAAAUGUGACACUAACAAAUGCAAUUUUUUAUGGAUCGGACAAUGGGGUUAGGAUAAAAUCAUGGGCCAGGCCCAGUAAUGGCUUCGUCAAGAACGUUUUGUUUCAAAACAUCAUGAUGAACAAUGUUGAGAAUCCCAUCAUCAUCGAUCAGAAUUACUGUCCCAACAAUCUAGGUUGUCCUGGACAGACUUCAGGAAUUAAGAUUAGCCAAGUUACUUAUAAGAACAUUCAUGGAAGUUCAGCAACAAAAGAGGCAUUAACAUUUGAUUGCAGCCCAAGUACACCAUGCCAAGGGAUCAAAUUGGAGGAUAUAAAUUUAAGUUACAACAAGAAAGCUGCAACUUCAUCAUGUAAGAAUAUUGGUGGGACGAGCAGUGGAACUCUGGUGCCAGAAAGUUGUCUGUCAAAUUAAUAGAAGCAAUAUGUACUAUGCAUAAUUAGUGUUUUUCAUUAUAUACCUGUAUAUUUAUAUGUAAAUACAUUAGAUAUGGGUGUGUAUCUGCUUCACAUUGAAGCAGAAUUUGAGUAGGAAUGCCAAAUGCAACU